UCUCAUAAUUUCUUUUACCUUUUUAUCAAAUUGGUGUCAGUAUCCAAUCUCUCUCUCUCUCUCUCUCCCCACCCACAUCUUCUGUAUUUCUCUUUUAGUCCCUUGACUGAGAAAAGUUACAGCUCUCUCCCCCUAUAUAUACUACAUAUUGCUCUCUCUGUGUAUUGCACAUAGAGUAGUCACUGACUGGUGUUGCAAAAGAGAAGAGCAAGUUCUCUAAUAGUUACGCGAUUUUAGGAAAUGGGUAUUUUCUCAUUGUUGACUGGAAUAGCAGGCCCAAGUGGGUUUGGAUCAGCUUCAACUGCUGAACAGGUCACAGAUGGGAUUGAUGCUACCAAUCUCACUGCUAUUAUUACGGGAGGGGCAAGUGGGAUUGGCUUGGAAACGGCAAGAGUUUUAGCUCUUCGGAAGGCUCAUGUCGUUAUUGCCGCGAGGAACAUCGACGCUGCAAAUGAAGCAAAACAUCUCAUUCUUAAAGACAACGAAACUGCUCGUGUGGAUGUCCUAAAACUAGACCUUUGCUCCAUGAAGUCAAUUAGAGCAUUUGCUGACAAGUUCCAUGCUCUUAAUCUUCCCCUCAAUGUCUUGAUUAACAAUGCUGGUGUAAUGUUCUGUCCCUACCAGCUUUCAGAAGAUGGAAUAGAAAUGCAAUUUGCAACAAAUCACCUUGGUCAUUUCCUCUUAACGAACCUUCUUCUUGACAAAAUGAAGGGGACAGCAAAAGCUACUGGUAUUGAGGGUAGGAUUGUGAACUUGUCGUCUAUAGCCCACCUCCACACCUACGAAGGAGGGAUAUCAUUUGAUAAGAUUAAUGAUCAAAGGAGCUAUUCUGACAAAAAGGCAUAUGGACAAUCCAAAUUAGCCAACAUAUUGCAUGCCAACGAGCUAUCUCGUCGUUUGCAGGAGGAGGGUGCAAAUAUUACAGUCAACUCAGUGCAUCCAGGGUUAAUAAUGACAAAUCUCAUGAGACAUUCUGCCCUUUUGAUGAGAGUUUUGAAGGUAUUCACUUGUCCCAUGUGGAAAAACGUCCCACAGGGUGCAGCCACGACGUGCUAUGUAGCACUUCACCCAAAGUUGAAAGGUGUAACCGGAAAGUAUUUCUUGGACUGUAAUGAGUAUACACCGAGCAAGCUCGCUACAGAUGAGGUGCUAGCUAAGAAACUCUGGGACUUCAGCAACAAGUUGGUUAACUCGGCUCAAAACAACUAAAAUUACAUGCUUGCCUGCUAUACUCUCUGGAAUUUCCCUUUUUAUAUCUGCAGUGAAAAUAGCAGGCCUACUACUUCCCAUCAUUCACUUACUGGGUGUCGCUUCAGUCUCCGUUUAAUUUGGUUUCUGUAUAAGAAUCUGCGUGUUUGUUUACAAGCUCCUUAAAAUUUAAAAUGUUUGUGAAUCUGUAUGUUUGUCUACAAGCUCUGUAAACUGUUUGUGAAAUUACAUGCAACUAUAGUUACUAACUA